GUCACUUUCUCUCGGGAGGCGACGUGUCGAGUGGAGCGACGUCUCCACCAUCUUCUUGCCUUUUCCUCCAUCCCCGCCCUUACGAAUUUCUCCGCGAUUUCAGCGCGCUUCCUCCCGCCGGCUCCUCCCCCCGCCUCCGCUCUCACCGCGGCCGGCCAGCCAUGGAGCAAGGCCAGGGGCCGCCGCCGCCGAAGCCGCCUGCGACGGAGCGCGACAUCGGAUUCGCCGAGCGGGCCGUGGCGGCGGCAGGCGCGGCCGUCGUGUCAGCCGUCCUCGUCAACCCCCUCGACGUCGCCAAGACGAGGUUGCAAGCACAAGCUGCUGGAGUUGUUUAUAACCCGAUAUGGUCAGAUUUUAGGUGCUAUCCAUCAUGCAGCACUGGUGGAAUCAAUGGUUUAGGCCCAUGCUCGUCCUGCAGUCCUGAAUGCUUUCAGUACAGAGGAACUAUGGAUGUGUUCUCUAAAGUCACUAGACAGGAAGGAAUUUUUAGACUAUGGAGAGGUACUGGUGCAAGCCUGGCAUUGGCUGUACCAACGGUUGGAAUAUAUCUGCCUAGUUACGAUUUAUUGCGCAAUUGGAUUGAAGAAUACUCGGACCGCAAUUGUCCCAAGCUUAGACCAUAUGCUCCUCUUAUUUCUGGCUCUAUUGCACGAUCAUUGGCAUGCAUAACUUGUUGCCCUAUUGAGUUAGCAAGAACACGUAUGCAGGCCUUCAAAGAAUCAAAUGUUGGAGGGAAGCCCCCUGGAAUGUGGAAGACCUUGAUAGGUGUGCUUUCAUCAAGACAGAGCAUCAAGAGCCCUGAAAACGUGCGAGGAUACCACCUCCUAUGGACUGGUCUGGGAGCGCAACUAGCACGCGAUGCGCCCUACUCAGCUAUAUGCUGGACAGUUCUUGAACCAAUUAGACGACAUGUGACACGACUAUUCGGUGAUCAAAGCAACGCGACAGUUAUAUUGGGGGCGAACUUUUCUGCAGGCUUUAUUGCUGGGGUUAUCUCUGCGGGCGCUACCUGCCCUCUUGAUGUUGCCAAGACACGCAGACAAAUAGAGAAGGAUCCUGAAAGGGUAUUGAGCAUGAACACAAGGCGCAUAUUGCUUGAGGUUUGGAGGAAGGAAGGUGUGGAAGGUCUGUUCAGAGGCGCAGGCCCUCGAAUGGGGCGCGCAGGCCCGUCGGUGGGCAUCGUCGUCUCCUCCUACGAAGUUGUGAAGCACCUCAUGCACAAGAACACGAGCAAUGCAGCAGACCUAUGAUUCGAUGAGCUCGAUUAGCACGCCCUAAUGGCACAAGUAGGAUUAGGAAUGUCGCUAUUCAAAGAAACACAUUUUUUUACGGUAGUCCAUGACAGAUAAAUGUUAUCCCUCCAUUCCAUUACAAACUGUUACUUCUAAGAUGGGUUUUUAUGCAUCUAGUGGCUAGCUUAUAA